CGGAGUCCACAAACCCUAGCCUCUCUUCCUCUGUCUCUCUCUCUGAACUCUGAAGCUCUUUCACAAUGGCUUCUCGAAGGGUCUUAUCCUCUCUUCUCCGAUCGUCAACACGGCGAUCUUCUGGCAGAUCUCCGAUCUCCAGCCCUAGCCCUAGACUUGCAUCCCCAGCGCCCCAAGGCGCGUCGCCGUAUGGCUACCUCCUCACGCGCUUGGCCGAGUACUCGACCUCUGCUGCCGCGGCUGCUCCGCCUUCUCCGCCGACCCCGCCAAAGGAAUCCGGGAAGGGAGGCAAGAUUACCGAUGAGUUCACUGGAGCUGGAGCGAUCGGGCAGGUGUGCCAGGUGAUUGGUGCUGUGGUGGAUGUGAGAUUCGAGGAAGGGCUUCCCCCGAUCCUCACGGCGCUGGAGGUGCUGGACAACUCGAUCCGGUUGGUGCUGGAGGUGGCUCAGCACUUGGGGGAGAACAUGGUCCGUACCAUUGCUAUGGACGGUACCGAAGGGUUGGUCAGGGGGCAGCGCGUACUCAACACCGGUUCUCCUAUCACCGUGCCUGUUGGUAGAGCUACUCUUGGCCGAAUCAUAAAUGUUAUUGGAGAGCCUAUUGAUGAGAGGGGUGAUAUCAAAACCGAUCACUAUUUGCCCAUCCAUAGAGAAGCUCCAUCAUUUGUUGAGCAGGCAACUGAACAAGAAAUCCUUGUUACUGGAAUUAAGGUUGUUGAUCUCCUUGCACCAUACCAAAGAGGCGGUAAGAUUGGUCUGUUUGGUGGUGCUGGUGUAGGAAAAACGGUGCUUAUUAUGGAACUUAUCAACAAUGUUGCCAAAGCUCAUGGUGGUUUCUCAGUGUUUGCUGGAGUUGGAGAACGCACUCGAGAGGGUAAUGACUUGUACAGGGAAAUGAUGGAGAGUGGUGUGAUUAAGCUUGGUGAUAAACAGGCUGAAAGCAAAUGUGCUCUUGUCUAUGGUCAAAUGAAUGAGCCCCCUGGUGCUCGUGCUCGUGUUGGUCUUACUGGUCUGACUGUGGCCGAACAUUUCCGUGAUGCUGAGGGGCAGGAUGUGCUUCUCUUUAUUGACAACAUUUUCCGCUUUACGCAAGCUAACUCUGAGGUGUCUGCUUUGCUUGGUCGUAUUCCAUCUGCUGUUGGUUACCAGCCAACUUUGGCUACCGAUCUUGGAGGCCUUCAAGAGCGUAUCACAACCACCAAGAAAGGGUCCAUUACCUCUGUCCAAGCUAUCUAUGUGCCAGCUGAUGACUUGACAGAUCCAGCUCCUGCCACCACCUUUGCUCACUUGGAUGCCACAACUGUGUUGUCUCGACAGAUCUCCGAGCUUGGUAUCUAUCCUGCUGUCGAUCCUCUAGAUUCUACAUCUCGCAUGCUCUCCCCUCACAUUUUGGGUGAGGAACACUACAAUACUGCUCGUGGAGUGCAGAAGGUUCUCCAGAACUACAAGAAUCUGCAAGAUAUCAUUGCUAUUUUGGGAAUGGAUGAACUCAGUGAAGAUGACAAGCUGACCGUUGCUCGUGCACGUAAAAUUCAGAGGUUCUUGAGCCAGCCUUUCCAUGUUGCAGAAGUGUUCACUGGUGCUCCUGGCAAGUACGUGGAACUGAAAGAGAGUAUUACCAGCUUCCAGGGUGUGUUGGAUGGAAAAUACGAUGACCUUUCGGAACAGUCAUUUUACAUGGUUGGAGGUAUUGAUGAGGUCAUUGCCAAGGCAGAGAAGAUUGCCAAGGAAUCUGCAUCUUAGACCUAUCCCUUUAUCUCCCUCAUUUCUCAUAGUUGCGAAAAAUCAAUAAUUCAGGUGUUGUUGACAAUGCCAGCAAUGGGUUUUUCAUAUUUUUUUGAGACUGAAUGUAUCAGAGUUUUCCAUUUCUGUUUCAAUCUGAUUGCAGAGUGAAGGAAAUGGAGAGAGGGUGGCCUGCCCCUUUUUUUCUUAGUUGUCUAAUAAGGGGAAAAAGAAAGCGGACAUGUAUAUUUUUUUUUACCCUUUUUUGUGUUCGGAACAUUGAAACCUGUUAAUGUUUAACCCCUCCUUUUUUUUCA